CACUUCUUAAUAAAAUUUAAACAAUUUAAAUGGCACGAUCAUAGUCGCGAUUAUCUUGACUAAUCUUGACAUUCAAUAUGGCGGCAUGUCGUCAGUGCUAUGCUGUGUCGUGGAAUUCAAGCUUAACAAAAUAUCAUCAGUGAAAUAAGCACUGUGGCAGUGCUUCGAUUCAGCAAGCAUUGAAGACAUCUGAGGAUAUAGUGUGACAUGAUCCUAACUAGUUUUAUUCUUCAAUGUUAUUGGUGAUAAAUUGUGACUUUACAAGAAUUCAAUGGUGUUCUGAACUUAGAGAAUUAGAAAGUGUGAUUUGCUUUUUUUAAACAUAUAUACCAUUAUUAGGAGUAACAUCAUACAAUUACAAGUUUCUGUGAUAUAUUGGUACAUAAAUACUGAGUUUUUCGACCUAUAUACAAAGAGAGCAAUAAGAAGAAAUGUCCGGUAAUCCUCAGUGGAAAAUGUUCCAGCCGUCAGAUUCAAACUCCUCCCCCUUGCAGGAUAUUUUAGAUCUUCAGCACCCCAAUAUGCAAAACAAACAAGUGUUCCGUACUGGUACUUACAGCAGUGAGUAUCCUAGCUCGCCUAGAGAUAACUUUAACAAUAUGAACAAGUCAAGCGGUGGAAACCGAUAUCCCCUUAGUAACUAUAACCUAGACGGCUGCCCAAUGGGGGACUCUGCUGGUGCGUAUUCAUCAAGCUCCACCAAUAAUGCCUCAUCCAAUUAUGAUUCCAUGAACUGCCCUUCGAUAAGGGAAACUGGCAUUAUAGAGAAGCUACUGCAUUCGUACGGGUUUAUACAAUGUUGCGAAAGACAGGCCCGUUUGUUCUUUCACUUCAGCCAAUUCAGUGGCAAUAUUGAACACCUUAAAAUUGGUGAUCCAGUUGAAUUUGUUAUGAGCUAUGACCGACGUACUGGAAAACCUAUUGCCUCCACGGUCACAAAGAUUGCUCCAGAAGUGGUGUUGAGUGAAGCUCGAGUAACAGGUACAGUUACAACUGAAGUGAAAGGUGAAGGCUCUGGUGAUAAUACUGGACGCAUUUCAUAUGAGAACAGAGGUGAAUGCUUCUUCUUGCCCUACACAAAAGAUGAUGUAGAAGGUAAUGUAACUCUACACACUGGUGAUGCUGUUAGCUUUCAGAUUGCAACCAAUCAGAGGGGGACAUUGGGCGCUUGUCAUGUAAGGUUUGAAAAUCCUGUGCACCCUGUUAAAUAUCAUGGUGUAAUAUGUUCGAUGAAAGAAAAUUUCGGUUUUAUUGAACGGGCUGAUGUUGUAAAGGAGAUUUUCUUUCAUUAUUCAGAGGCAAAGACCAAAGAAGAGUUGCUGUUAGGGGAUGAUGUUGAAUUUAUCAUUCAAACUAGAAAUGGUAAAGAAGUUGCAUGCAAUAUAACAAAACUGCCAAGUGGUUCAGUGGUAUUUGAAGAUGUUGGUCCAGAAAUUAAGAAGGGUCAAGUAUUAAAACCUCUCGAGCGUGGAAGCAUGAGUCGCGCGCAACAAAAUGACCCUCUACCCGGAAGAAUUAGAUAUCGUGCGGAGGACCAUUCCGAAGUAGAGGUUCCGUUUGGGGAUAAAGAUCAAAUUGGGGAGUUUACACUGCGCCACGGUGACUGGGUUCAGUUUCAAGUUGCCAUCGACAGGAGGGACCAACUUAAACGUGCAACGAAUAUAACAUUACUUGAAGAAUCGUUCAAUGUAUCUGGUGAAAGACGUGAACAAGGACUCGUCAGUUCUCUAAGGGAUGGAUUCGGUUUUAUUCGUUGUGUGGAAAGGGAACAAACAAUGCUUUUUUAUUUUACUGAAGUUCUCCGCCUUGGACAGGAACUUAGUGUUGGAGAUGAGGUUGAAUUUACUGUUGAUCCUGUGUCCACCUUCUCUAAUAUGAACACUCGUCAAACUGCUAUACGUAUUAAGCAUUUGUCUCCGGGGUCUGUUAAUUUUGAAUGUUUAGUUGAGCGUGGCAUUCGUGGUGUUGUCACAAAGGAGGCACAAUUGCUUACCUCAUCUUCGAGCCCCAAUAGAAAAUCGUCCAUCGACUAUAAUGGCCUUAUUACUGCACAAAUCAAUGGAGUUAAGAAAACUUUGCCUUACACUGCCAAAAAAUGUGAAUCUAAGAUGUUGCCUCGUAAUGGGGAUAAAGUUAUUUUUGAUCUUUAUCAGAUAAAAAGAACUAAAGAGUUGAUUGCAAUGGCUGUUCAAACUCAGCAUAGCCUUACAAAUGGUAGCGUCAGUGCAAGUAGCCGUCCUAUUAUGAGAGGCUUUAUUGCUGCUCUUAAAGAUGGGUUUGGUUUUAUUGAAACAGCCGAUCAUACCAAGGAAGUUUUCUUCCAUUUCAGUAAUUUGGAGGGCAAUCCUGAUAACUUGGAAUUGGGUACAGAGGUGGAGUAUUCUUUGGGUCGUGUGAACGGAUCAGGGGGUGGGUGUGCUAGCGCUGAAUUUGUGCGAGUUUUGCCGAAAGGGUCUGUGCCGAUCGCUGAGCCACUCGAGCCGACUAUUAAUGGCACAGUGACCAGGACCCUCCGUGCCCUUAACCCUGAUCAGGCCCAUUAUUCUGGUGUGAUUCAAAUUGAAGGAGGUAUGACAUACGAGUUUGGUAUAAUGGGUUUGGCGUGCAAGAGGGAAAUCCUGCAAGUUGGUGAUCCUGUAACUUUCCAAAUAGACAAGGAGAAUAGAGCAACUAACAUCGUGCCUAUCAGGAAGAAACGGCGCGCCAUUGUUGAUGCUGUCAAAGGUGGAUUUGGUUUCUUGUGCGUGGAGUCUGAGGAGAACCGUCGUCUGUUCUUCCAUAUGUCGGAAGUUCGUGGAAAUCCCGCGGAUCUGCAGCCCGGAGACACGGUCGAAUUCGUUAUGCUCACCAACCAAAGGAAUGGCAAAUGCUCCGCUUGUAAUGUCGUUAAGAUCAGUAAGACUGUGAAGCGCGGGGAUCGUUCGGAGCGUCCUCUGGCGCGGCUGCGUACUGCCUCCUCGGAGGAAGGUGCGCCGCGUGUAGUGGUCACACGAAACCCACGCGGACCAGAUGGCAGCCGCGGCUUUCGACCUCGCAGACCCAUCGCAGAGCAAUUGAUUGAGUGGCUGCAGAAUGUGAAGCUGUGAAAACUUCACCACUGCUAUGUAUACAACGGCAUAGGGUUAUACAUCCUAGGUUUGAUUAUAAAAUUCAAAGUUUUUAUUGUAUUCACAAGAGACUGACUGAUUCUCUUUCCUAUAGCGGCAUUUAGAAAAUUGUUUUUGUUAUUUAUACAACUCGAUAGAGGAAAUAAUUUUCAAAUUGAAAAAAAGAUGCCUUUUCAGAACAGUCAUGUAAGCAAUUAGAACUGUUGCCUUCAGCCCAAUGCAAUUUACAUCGAUUAAUAAGGACUUCACCGUAUAUAGCUUUAUAAUUGACGAGCAAAAACAUAUCAAAUUUAUUAAAAUGUUUUAUUUGCUUAUAUAGGAUUUUCAUUUACGUGAGAGGUUCUUUUUCGCAUAAAUACGUUGUUCAAAAUUCCGUUUAAUAAUACCUUAGCAAAUUUAUUUGCCAAGUUGGAAUCCUAAUGGUCACAACAAAGACACGUAACAGUUGAAGUAUGAAGCAAAAACAUUUAAUUAUAUAAUAAUAUGCAUGCUCUAGCACAAAACGAAUCCCGCUUUUAAAUGAUCUAAGUUAUAAAACAUGUGUAAAUACAAUGUAGUCAGUAAGUAUAACACUAUUU